AUGGUCUACUCAAAAUCAUUAAUACUCCCUAUGCUUAUUUCUAUAUUUUUACCAUGGGCUUGGAUAGGGUUUCAGAAUACCCGUUCCUCAGACAUCGGGCCAACCAAAUCAAUUCCGGUGUCAAUCAACUUUGAAAAGGAUUCAGAGUACUUUAAUUUUCCAGAUUUGGUUGCUGCAACCCAAAUACAAAUUGACAGUGAACUACGGUAUAUUACAAACAGCUCGGUGAAUGUACAGCUUGUUGAUAACUUGAAUAACCCAAAAAACCACACAAAGUACUCCGUUGAUUUGGUUUUAUCAAGAGACAAUUCUCUCGGUAUAUCUUCUGAUGGACUAAAAGGGUACGUGCUAUAUUCAUACGAGGCAAUACACUCCAACGAUCUUCCUUAUUUGAUUGUCCAAACCAUAUUGUAUCAUUUGUUAAAGUUCGAGAUCCCAAUUGAAGGAAAAGCCAAAUAA